AUGUCGAAAAGAAAUCAAGUCACUGAAAUAGUUUUUAAUAAUGAAAGCGAGUCUUCAGAUUCGGAAUCAUCACUGGAUAUUGAUCCUCUGGACGCACAGCAACUGUCAGACGACCAGGAUUUGGACUAUGUUCCAAGUGAAGACGAUAAUUGUGAAGAUGAAGUCUCCCUGGAUCAACCUGGAACAUCAUUCCAGACUUCCAGGUUGAAAGUAUCUAAUGAUAUACGCGUAACAAAAAAUGACAAUAACCACGCAAAAUUAAAAGACAUACAUAGUUUAUUAUUAUGGAUAAAGGAGAAGAAGAUAAUACAAAGUGGGGAUGAAUGUAUUGAGCCCGCCAGGUCCCUAGUUAGAUCUUCCAUUAGUGACUGGAACAGUUGGGUAGACUUCCGUAAAGAAUUAAUGAGAUUGUUUUGUACAGACACAGAUAGGAGUUAUGCAGCCCAGAUGUUGUCUACAUUGCAGAUGAAGAGUGAUGAGAAACAUUGGACAUUCAUGGAUCGUAUAAGGAGUCUUACAUAUCAAGCCUUUUCUCAUGAAGUUAUGAAUUUUGAGGGUAAUAUGCAAUUUAGUCAGUCUGAAGAAGUUAAUCAACGUAUUACAGAAAGGCUUUUGCAAGGAAUCAAAGAGAGAACUUUGAAAGGUGUUAUUAUUGGUGAAAUUAACAGAAACCCUAAAUUGAUGACAAAUCCUGAUUUUGUAGCCCGUGUUGCCGAUGAAACUGAGCAAAAAUUGAGAGAUUUUGAUCCUUCAUCAACCAGUAUGAAUACAAAUGGUGGAGAUCAUCGUACCAGGAGAAAUUAUAAUUACUCAACUAACAGUAUGCAACCAGAAUAUCAAGCUAGUUUUAGACAUACAACACCCUGGACUUAA